UCCGGGGCCUGGCCGGACCCUCCCCCAGCACAGCACAGCACAGCACACCCCCACGGCCCUCAGGAGGGAAGACACCCCGCCUUUGCUGCCCAGCCACCAAAGGGCCCGCACAGCCUUGCUUUUCUGCUACGCUUUGCUUCGUCAUCCACAUCCAUGGCCCAAAAUCAGUGACAACCCGUCAUUUGAGCUACCGCAGGUGCCCGCCGGACGCAGUCGCGGCCUGUGAGGAGAGCGUCGUAAAGCUAAAACUAAAAGUGGACACCGCCAAAUAUUUAACAUUGCACGAGGACGCUUUCGUUGCAGUUUCGUGGAGAGGCCAAAGCGAAACGGAAAUGGAAAAUGACCGACUGGCUUCUACGUCAUCGACGCUCGGCCUCGAAGGGGCCCCGAAUGACUCUUGCCCGGGGCCCCCGCUGCCGGGCCGGCCCUCCCCUCGGGUGGGAGUUUGGGCCGUUAAAACAAACGAGCGGCCAGGAAGGCGGGGAGUCGAAAUCAAAAUAGAAGCAGGCGGAUCAACAGCCAGGACCGGUGAACGGCUGUCGGACGUGGGUGCAAGCACACGCUAGGCGAGGUCGAGAGGAAGGCCGGCGGAAAGGGCACCCGGCGGGUUUAGAGACGACGGGCAAGGAGCUGAGUUCUGGGUGGUUUCCGAAUCCGGGUUUUCUUCUUCUGUGCUCAAGUGGCCAGGGUUAACUUCGAGCGUCAGAAAAUCUCCGCGCUUGGUCUGUUCAAAAUGCGGAGAUCGACUCGGGGAUCUUCACGUUUUCAUAAUAACGGCUCUCGUCUUUUCCGGACGUGGGCUCUUCCGCCGACCCGCCGGAUUCUCAGCCUUCGCGGUUCUCAUUUUCAAAUCGUUCACCGCAGCCCCGAGGGCUAGGAGCUUACACGUUUAAUAAAAACGGAGAUUGUCACGUCGUCCCCCAAUUUAAGGAACUGAGGUUUUAAGAAAAGCAUAAAAUACGGUGCGAUUUGCAGUAGAAUCACAAGAAUUGGUAACCCUGAAGGGUUAGCUAGAGAUCUCAGCGAAGAAAAAGAUCGUAGAAAGGGAUUGUGGGAACGCAGGGCUGGACGAGACGUCGAGACAUCGUGCAGUCUGUUCUGCUGCCCCGAGCCAGGAUCCGGGAUAUCCAGAGCACCCCUGACAGAUACUCGUCUAACCUCCAAGAUGAGACACGCAGGAAUGUGCAAGAAGAAUCGGGAGGCUCCACAGAGAUCUAGUGAAUCACAGAGGAGGGAAUGCCUGAACUGCUGUCCCCUUGUGCGAUGUUAGUGCUGCCUUCGACCCCAGUCCUGCACGUGGGAUCAGGGUCUUCCUUUCUUUCUACAGCAGUUUGCUGCAGGUCCUGACACUUGAGUCACCCAUAGACUCUAACCAAGAUGCCUGGACUUAUCAACCGGACAACCAGCUGCCCGCUCCCGCUCACAGCCUCUGAGGUCACCUCAUGCGUCAGUGGCUAUGCCUUUGGGAUGACAGCUUCUCUGACCUAUGGCAACCCAGAGACCCAUCCUUUUGAAGGUCUCUUUGUGUACCCACUGGAUGAGUACACCACGGUGGUUGGGUUUGAAGCUGUUGUGUCCAGACGUGCUGUGACAGUGCAGAUCAAAGACAAAUCCAAAAUGGAUGACUCUUACUUUGACUGCAGCAACGUCUCCAAUGGGAGGACUCCAGAUGGAAGCGGAAGGCUUGUGCUGGAUGAGGACUUGGAGAGGAUCCUUUUUGUGGUUAACCUGGGCAUGAUCCCUCCACUGGAAAGCAUCUCCAUCUUCAUCAGCACCUCCUCGGAGCUUCAGACACUGCCUAGCGGGGCGGUGAGGGUCCUCCUCCCAGCUGUGUGCGUGCCCAGCGUCCCCCAGUCGAGCAUGGAGAACUCUGCCAGCCUCUCUGGACAUCAGCUCCGAGUAGACAGGCAUAACUCUGGAGCUGGGGGCCUGGAUCAAGGGCACAAGCUGUGUCUGGCCCGGCUGCUGGAGAGUGAGGCGUCCAACCCCACCGAGUACGAAUUCAGCUUCCACCUGGAGAUCCGGGGGCCCUGCUUGCUUGCAGGUGUUGAAAGCCCAACGCAUGAGAUCCGGGCAGAUGCCGAUCCCUCUGCCCGCUCUGCCAAGAGCAUCAUGAUCACGCUAGCCAAUAGACACACUUUUGACAGACCAGUGGAAAUACUAAUCCAUCCAAGCGAGCCCCAUAUGCCUCAUAUCUUGAUGGAAGAAGGUGACAUGACCCCUGCAGAGUAUGAACAACACCUGAAGGGAAGAAAUGAUUUUAUUAAAGGGACAAAGAAGGACCCCAGUGCAGAAAAGAAGACAGAAAUCAUCAGGAAACGGCUGCACAAGGACCUUCCUCACCACCCCGUGAUUAUGCUGAACUUCUGCCCCAACCUGAGGAACAUCCAGCCAGACCUCAGGAAAGCCCAGGGAGAGUUUAUAUUUCUUAUAGACCGCAGUGGAAGCAUGAGUGGCGUGAGCAUCAAUCGGGUCAAGGACGCCCUGCUGGUCAUUCUCAAGAGCCUGGUGCCAGCGUGUCUCUUCAACGUCAUUGGCUUUGGGUCGACUUUUAAGACCUUAUUUCCUUCCAGUCAAACUUACUGUGAGGAGAGCUUGGCCAUCGCCUGUGAGAGCAUCAAGAAGAUCCGGGCGGAUAUGGGUGGCACCAACAUCUUAUCCCCUUUGAAGUGGGCAAUCCGACAGCCCAUCCAUAGGGGCCACCCUCGCCUGCUCUUCCUGCUGACCGAUGGAGCUGUCAGCAACACAGGGAAGGUCAUUGAGCUGUUGAGGAACCACUCUGCCUCCACCAGAUGCUACAGCUUUGGCAUUGGGCAGAGUGCCUGCAGGAGGCUGGUGCAUGGGCUGGCUGCUGUAUCCAAGGGGAGUGCAGAGUUCCUGGUGGAAGGAGAGAGGCUGCAGCCCAAGAUGAUAAAAUCCCUGAAGAAAGCAAUGGGGCCUGUCCUGAGUGAUAUCACUGUGGAGUGGGUCUUUCCUGAAACCACAGAGGUCUUGAUCUCCCCGGUCAGUGCCAGCUGCCUCUUCCCAGGUGACCGGCUGGUUGGAUACGGCAUUGUCUGCGACACAUCUCUGUACACCUCCAACCCCAGAUCUGACAAGAGGCGGCGCUACAGCAUGCUGCAUUCCCAGGAGUCAGGCAGCUCUGUGUUUUUUCACUCCCAGGAGGAGGGACCUGGUGCAGACGGCUGGAGCUAUGCCAAAGACUCAGAAUUGGGGUUCCCUUCUGACCGCACCCCUGAGCUCCUGGUGGUCGGGGGAGAGCCAGGGAGAGAGUCAGACACUGAUACCGGGGUGGACCCCAAAUCCUCACGGCGCAGGGCAUACAGCACUAACCAGAUUGCCGACCGUGAGCCUUUCAAGAAAGUCCCAACAGCCAGCGAUCCCAGUGCAGCCAUGGGGAAGAAUCCACUCCGCAAAGCCCACGUGCAGGAUCUGUGCCAAAUCAGCCCUGAGCCCCAGUCGUGGCAAGCUGAUUUCCAACCGCUAACUGCCAGUCCCUACAUCUCCACUACGCGUAUACGUGGCACGGGUGCCAAGAGGCCGUCUCUGCUGCACCAGAGCUGCAUGUCAUUUUGUCACGACACAGACUCUUCCCAGCUACAGAACAUGUUUCAGCACAUGGUCCCAGGGAAGGGGCUGGGUUCAGCUGAAAGCAACUUUGCCCUGAGGUCCUCCUCUGACAGCCGAAGCCCUGGAGAUCUGGAGUCUGCCCAGCACCCAUCAUUCACCUUUGAAACAGAGACAUCAUCGGAUUGGGAGCCCCAAGACCUGGAUGUCAGCUCUGCCAGGGGGUCCCUGACCUCCCCCAGGGGCAUCUGCAAGGCAGUGGUGAAAGGCUUAAGGAGUAAUGAACCAGUCCAGUGGGAAAUCACCUUUGAUAUCCGGCCCCUUUUCUGGGACAGAGAGAGGCAAGAGAGCAGUGAAGGGGAUCUGUGGAAUGAGACCUUCCACCACCUGGCGGCCAAGUCCAUCAUCCGGGAUUUUGAGCAGCUUUCCGAGAAGGAAUGUGAAAUCGAGCACGGCUCUGGGAGGCGGUACCAGCUCAAUGCCAUCCAUACCAGCAAGGCAUGUAACGUCAUCAGCAAGUACACAGCAUUCGUCCCAGUGGAUCUUAGUACCAAUGGGUACCUACCAACUGUGGUUGAAUAUACCAAUGCAGGUGCAGCAGCCAAGCAAGGCAGCCAGAGAAGCUCAGGCUUGGGAAGCAGAAGGCACCGAGGCUUUUCCAUUGGACUUGGACGUACCCAGUCGACUUGUGGCCAGGAUAGAGCAGACGAUGGAUUGUCUGGCCUGAAUAUGGAAGAGAAUGGCCUGUCGCCCUGCAGUACCCCAUCUUCCUCUGGCUGGGAGCGCUACAGUUUCCCGGAAGCUCCACUGCAGAGUCCAUCUGCUUCCUCCACUCACUCCCAGAAGUCCAUCGAGAGCCUCUUUGCUGCCAGGUUGACCCUUAAUAAAACAAGACUGUUGACUCGUGCGGCCAAAGGUUUCAUGAGUAAAUCUCCAAAUAAGGUGACUGAGCCCAGCUCGGAGAGCGACAAUGAGAACAAAGACUAUCUACCCCUGGUAUCUCUGCAGUUGGCCUGUGGUGCCUUCCUGCUCAACUCAGCGCUCUGCGAUGCAACCAACAUUCCCAUGGAGAAACUGAAGUGGACCUCUCCCUUCUCCUGCCACCGGAUGACUCUCAGCCCCUCUGCUGGCUCUUACAGCACGAGGAAGCCAGACACCCCUGGGGAAGCCAAGAGCCCAGCCUAUGGCCAGCAGCUCCAGGUGCCUGGUGAUGUUCGUAGAGAAGGCUUCUCUGACAGGGACUUCAUCUCUAGUCCCUUGACCAAUGGACAUGGCGAGGGCCAGGAGGAUGGGGGCUGCCCUCGCCACUUCUCAGGUAGUGAGGCUGAGAGCCUCUCCAGGGCUCUGCAAGCUGAGAAUGAACUCUUCCCUCCUGCUAUCACCAUCCACCGCUUCUCCCCUCAGAGCACCCAGCCUCCUCCGGAGCUGCAGAGCGACAGCGGCAGAGGCUCUGAGACAGAUGACUCCGAGCUCCAGGCCCUGCUGUCUGACGUUGAGCUGCAGCAGCGGACUGAGCCAGAGGGGAUGCUUUGGGCCACGGCAAUCGCCCUGGCCUGGCUGGAACACAGCUCGGCCUCCUACUUCAUUGAGUGGGAGCUGGUGGCUGCCAAAGCCAGCAUAUGGCUUAGUGAGCAGGAGUUCCCCCCAGGCUGUGGCCUGGCCACCGUGAAGGCCGCAGCCCGGCAGCUCUUUGUGUUGCUCAGGCACUGGGAUGAGAACCUUGAGUUCAACUUGCUGUGCUACAACCCAAACAAUGUCUAGGAGGGGCAGGGGCAUGGGGGAGAUCCAGGCAGUUGUCUGUGAAGGCACCCAGGGUACAGGGACUAGUCCUUAAAGACACACUGAGCUCUGCUCCAGCAGUGAUGUGCACGUUUAUUAGAACAAGGCUUUACACUGGCAAACCCAUGACUGAGAUCCAUUCAAAAUCCCACGCUCGGCGAUUCUUCUUGUCACAGCCUAAGCAAGGUCCUGUGCUGCUUCCUGCAGAAGGAUGUUAUUUAGGCCACUGUCUCAGCAGAAAGGAUCAGACAAUUUGGUAACUAGGAAGAGCACAUCUGGUUUUGCUGGGCACUGGGCAGCUUCCCUUUGGUCCCCAGUGCUGCUCCCAGGAAGAGAAUCCCAAAGCAUUGCUCAGCUGUCUGAUCCACCCACCCACUUUUUCUCCUGCUUACCGAGCUCCCCUCUGCUCUUCAUGCAGAGCAUUUGCAGCAUGAUUUAUUUAUUGCUCCCCAGAGGCACCUGACAGUGCCCCAGUGUCAGUCUUGAAUGCCUUUUAGUGAAGAUUAUCCUAUGUCUCUUGUCUCAGGAUUCAUGCUUAUGCAUCUGCUCCUUUUCGUAGGUCAAGGGCAAUGGAAAUGCAGACUGUGACUGAGUGUCCAGGUAGCUUAUACUCUAACAGCAGUAGUGUUGUUCCUAUUGGAGAUGGGUGAAAGCUACCUUCUCCUGGCCCUGGCCAUGGAAUGGCUUCACUGAUCACCAGGGGUGGAUUUGGGCUGAGAUUUUCCACGAAGCCCUCAGGAAUUAAGUGCUCAGAUCCCACUCUAAUUCCAAAUUCCUUGGUGUCCAGGACUGCCCCACAGCUGACAACGUGCCUUAGCAUCACGUGCCCACAGAGCAGGGGCAUUGUGGGGCAGACUCUGCAGUCAGUAAACUGCCUGGAACGUGCAGAGGAUGGGCUGAAGAAGGCAAGCUCUUUCCCAAGCACUUCUGGCUUACUGUAGUAGAGACAAGAAAGUGUCCUAAGAAGUAAAGUCUUCUCUGCUCUAUCAAAGUCCCCUUCUGUUGGGACACAGCCUACGGUCUCAAGAGAGGCUGUGCAGCAUGUUACAUCUGAUCGAAACCACCUGGCUAAAGGGCCUGCCUUGGAGUUGCACUUCCAACCUGAAGCCAUUUGCCCAGUGGUUUUGACCCUCUUGCACUUUGGUUUCCUGACUCAUAUGGAAAAUAUUCCACUGCCCUGCUGUGCACCUGGCUCUUCGAUGCUCCUGCUAGCCAAACUCCUCUGUCCUGGCCAGAUUGGCAGAGCUCCUUCAUUAUUGGUGUGGCUGCCUUUUCUCCUGUUAGCAUUAUUCCCUGUGCAUAGGUUCUACCUUCUUGUGUCUGCUUGCAAACCUGUCACAUGCCUGUGUGUCACACCUUGCCCCUUGGGUCUCACACUGCCCCUCCAGAUGGGGUGAGCAAACGAUUUAUCUCCCAGUUGGGUUGGAUGCCUGGCAAGCCUCUUGGAUUCCCUCCCCCUCCCUCCAGCACUGCUGCUGAACUUGUUCCCAUCCUCUCUGUGCUGUGUUUUGACUGGAAUGCCAUAGCGCUUGUGACAGGCACUAUCCGUGGGUACCUGUAUCCACUCUGCUUAAUGCAAAGUGACAACUGAUAGCAAAUUGUAUUGACAGACCUUCAGUGAGUGUAAUUGCUCGGCAGAAACCAUCCUGAAUCAGUUAUUCAUAGUGGAAGGCAACUGUAAUCCUCAGACUCCAGUGCUCAAGAAAGUCACCAGAACCAUCCCUGUUAUCUCCAGCUAAUGCCAGGAACAUGCUGUGGGUGACAAUUGUCAAAAACAUGUUAAUUCAACUAAAUACACCACAGCCAAUUAGUUCAUAAUAGAGUGAUUAUUAAAGACUCGGUAAGGACCAGAUUCAGCCUGUUGCAGUCCAGAAUAUGACCCUUCCAUGACAAACCUCACAGUACAACUGGCUUGUUCUGAUCAAUGUGCACAUAACUGUAACUGUCUCAUUAAUGGGGACAGUGCAGGCCUCAUUAUGGCCUGCGGCUGAAGGGUGACUGCAUCUGAACCGUCACCCCAGGAUGCGGGGGAUGCUGUCACCUCAGGGAGGUUUGUACAACCAAGCUCGUGGCCGUGAAUCAAGAAAACCUCCCUAUUCACUUCAGCACCCAUGUAGAGCCCAUUAAAACAAGUGAAAAUUUAGCACAUGCUUUAAGGCUUCCCUGAAUUGGGGGCAGGUUUCAUUGUGCCUGAAAAGAUGGGUGGGUGAGUUGGGAGGCCAUCGAUGGGUGGGUGAGUUGGGAGGCUAUCGAUGGUUGGGUGAGUUGGAAGACUGUCGAUGGUUGGGUGAGUUGGGAGGCCAUCGAUGGUUGUGCGAGUUGGAAAGUUAUCGAUGGUUGGGUGAGUUGGAAGAUGUGAGAUUGUGUGAAAGGGAGUGGAAGAGGUCAGGUUCACAUGUGAGAAAUGGAGCUGAUCGUGAUGCUUUCAACCAAAAACAAUUUCUGUCAGAAACUAUGAUUCUGUUGAAGUUGAUCUUUGCAAAGGGAUAGAGGGCAAAGGCAAUAUUUUCAGUGAUUUUUGCUUUACUUUAAUUUUUCUGACAAGAGAACUCUAAAAAUAUAUAUUUCUUUUGUUUGAACCCAGAAUAUAGCUUUAACAUUGGUCUUGGGGAACUGAAGAAUGUCAGUUGCCAUUUGCAGGGUUUGGAUUUUGGGGGCAAGGGGGUCUUUCCCUCCAGGAGAAGUAAAAGAGGGGGAAGAAGUGAGAGACCACUGGACUUUCUUCUGAUGCAAAAAUAUUGAUUUGGGAGCCCCCAUGGGAAACCAGCAUUUUCAACCAUGAAUUUUGGAGCAGGCAUUUCUGAAAAAGAAGAAGUAGGUUUUCAUACAAUCUCUUGUGUGAACAGAUUGGGAUGGGAGUUUUGUUUGUCUCGCAAGAGAAGGUUACAAGAUGCUUCUUCCUGUUGUCUUCAGAUCCAGUUCAAAUAUGUGUCUUGUCAGCUCAGGCUGCAAGAGUGUGGUCCAGUUCCGAAUGCAUCCAUGCCUUUCCUGGUUAUGUUCCAAAUUAGUCCCUAAAACUGCUGGCAUCCCAUGUGUGUUCAACAGGGCAUCGAUUCGGAUGUUACAGAAGAUGCCCAUGUCAUUGUGUGGCAUUAUUAAUGUACCAGCCCCUGCAUUGGAAGUGCUGGAGAGCUGCAACACUCCUUUUCAAGCAGGUCAUUUGCUCUUCCUGUCUCAAGUAGCAUGUCAUGGAAAGCAGCAAACCGAAAGCUUAGCUGUGUGCGUAGCUAUUACCCUGUUCCGUAGCUGUCCCACCCUGUGACGUGGUGUCGGUGUGCUGCAGAGCCAGCGCAAGGCCCUGGCUAAAAGCAAUGUGAUGCGAGCUGCUUUUUUUUUGGUAGGUGGAGUGACCUGAUGUACUGGGUUUUUCAAGUGUUUUUGCACCCUCCUAUCACCUUGCCUCAUGUCCCUGCUCCCCCCAGCCACCCGCAAGGCUCAGCUUUGUAAAUACCAGAAGUGUUAAUCAAUGCAAACCGUCCCACAGUGACCCCCUUUUCCUGGGGAGCGCCUGGCUCUCACAGCAGACGUAGCGGGUGUUGAAGCCCAGAUUGGCAGCUCAGAGAGCCACGGCUGCAGAGAUGUGCAGAUGCCGAGGCCUGUGGCGUGUGGGUCAGACAGGCUUGGCACACAGGUCCUAGGUGGUGUCACAACAGCUCUGUCCACAAUGCUGCAUUAUCUGAUAGGAGCUUAUUUCUAUGCACUCAAAGCACUUUAGAUGCUUCCAGGUUAUGGGCUUUUAGCAAUCAUUCCAAAUGGCUUUUCAGUUAGAGGCUCAGCAUGUCCUUAAGAUGUGAGUCACAGUCUAAUGUCUCAGUUUCGCACAGAAAAAUGAGAACAUCACAGAAAAUCUCCCCGGUUACUAUAACCCCCCGACACAAACAUAUGGCCUUGUGGUUCGGACUUUCCAAUGUAAAUGCAAGUCUCAGUGACUCCUAACUAGCCCUUGUACGAGUCUGUAAUACAUACAGGGUCUAGAAGAUGUACUGAGUGAGGGACAUAGAUGUAUUGAGUGUGUAUGGGAAAAAAAGUAUGGAGAGUGUGUGCAACAGCAGAGGAAGCUGUCUCUGGUUGUUCAAGCUGUGGCCCAGCGGCAGAGAUAGGAUGUGCCAUCAGAGACAGGGGCUUUCCAUAAUAAAACAGGGAAAUACACACCACCUGUAGCGUGUUGUAUGCAACAGCCACCAUGCAUGUUAGCACACAGAGACUCGUGUUGGCUAUCUGCUUUUUAGCACAGUCUUGAGACAGUCAGAUUAGCCCAAGAGCAGUUCUGUGAACUUGUAAAACAUGCAUUGCUGCUGCUAACUCUGCUCUAAAAUCACUCUGUGUUGGUUUGCAGAUGUAACAGGAGGCUGACAGGUCAUUCCUAUUGCUUCUCUGAGCCUGCUCUCCGCAUUACCAGCUCAACCAUGUAACAGAGGCUGCAGUUCAGAGUGCACUGACCCCCAGGGAGGGGGAGCCUGCAGAUCAGUAAGCAGAUGAGAACUUAUCUGAGGUAAUAGUAAUAUUUUACUGAAGAGCAAAACCUACCUCUCUUUUUUGCCCAACUCUUGCUCGCUCUCUCUCGGGUUCUCACUACAAAGACGUUAGCAGAGUCUUGAACUAGGUCCAUCUAAGAUAGCUAUGACCCAGACCUCAGCCCUGCUGGUUAAUAGGGAACUGUGCUGGUUUCCAGGGACAGCUCCCACAAGACAUGCAGUCAGAGUAUUUUUGGGGAGAUCUGUACUACUCCAUACGGCCCGACCCAGGUCUCGGCACCUGCAACCCUGGCAUAAUCUGCCAACAUUUGAAUGUCCCUGUACUAUAGGCUCCUUGCAGGAUUGCCCCGAGUGCUGCCUUGUAACUUGAAGUCAGCUCUGAGGAAGCGUCCAGUUAUUGUAUCAAACCAAAGUACCCGACAGGAGAGGUUUAGCAUGGAUGGGAUAGGCUUUUGCUUUAGCUGAGAAUUAUACAGGCUGGCCAGGGAAAGGAGAGCUCUCCGCUGGACUCACAGGGGAGUGUUUAACCUUGUGUUAGCUGCUGUGAAAUCCUCCAGCACGGCCUCAGAGUUGCCGUGCGGGCUGUCUGGACAGGCCACCAGAGGGUGACCUUGCUUCAUGCUCAUCAAGAUGCUGAGAUCUGUUGUUGGCAGUUCACAAGCUGUUAGAGACGGUGAGGGUAAGACUGGGGCUGGGCGGCUGCAAAGAUCUGAACCUUGCAGCAAUGCCUCUUGCAGUAUCGAAGUCCAGCUGCAUGGAGAAGGCAGCUCCCUCAGCCUCUGCCAGCUGAGCAGGGAAGGAUACUCCUGGAGGUUGCUUCUGCAUCAAAGGGGUUUAGCCGUAGGAGUUUGGAGCGCUGGCUUCCAGCUGUGCGGGGUGGUUUAUAUAGCUCCCUUGUUGCAAAGCCUGUUCUCCAAUGGGCAACCCAUGACAUGCUGGAUACAGCAUCAUAAGAUCAGUAAUUGCUUCCAUUCAGGCAACACUGUUAAUUCCAAGGACACCAGAGCAUUCAAUCAAUACUAGAUCAGCCUCCCCAUGCCAGCAAGGUAGGUAACUCUGUCCAGUUUGUAAGUGCGGAAACUGAGGCACAGACAGCUAAAUGACUUGCUGGAGCAGAACUUGGGGUGUCAUGGUUCCCAGCUCUGAGCACUGUAAAACCCUGCCUCACCUAUUGUUAAAAAAGUUGGGAGCUCUCCAACUACACUGUGGUCCAUCUUAGCUUGGAUGCAGUCUCCGUUGCCAGGGAUGUGUCGAACAUACAUCUGUUCCAGUCAGAGUUUUGUGUCGCUGUGUCGCUGCUCGUGGUGUCACGUAGCUGUCAAAUUAGCCGGGUGGCUUUCUGCAGUCCUCUGUGGUUCAAGUGACAUGGCUGGUGAUUGUUCUCCAGACCCUCAAGUGCCUACGGAUGCGACCACACGCUCUAGCGUACAAUGUGACUGUGGUGCCUGUGAUUUUUUUGCUGCUCGUUGGAGACCCGUUGCCUUUCGCUCACUUUCCGGAUGCGUCAGCACCAUUGCCUUGUUCUGUGGGCUUCGAGUUUUGUGUCCGGGGCGGGGUUGGGGUGGGGGUAGGAGGGGAGGAAGCAGUGUUUUGGCUUCAGGACUGUGCUCGUGCUGUGGUCCCUGUGUUAUCCGUGUCAGCUAUCCUCGUGUGACGGGGUCGACCAUUCUGUGAUGCCGAAGAUGUCCCUCGGUAGGGCAUGGCGGGUUUGUCGGCUGGCUCCUCGCGGCGGUCGUGUUCUCUGUUACACAAGUGGUGUUAUCCCAAUAAAGCAAAGUGUGCUUGAA